AUUCGCAUUCGUCAAUUAGCAACCGGCGCGAGCGCGUCGCGUGUGUGGAAAAUAAAUUCCGUGUUUUGGUAUUCUUUACAAGUAGAGCCGAUCAGCCGGAAAACUUUUCAAUAAAAUUUUCAAAAUGGCUACCCGGGGGGCGAAUGUGAUUUGGUUUCGGCACGGAUUGCGACUCCACGAUAAUCCUGCCCUGUUGGCAGCACUCGCCGGAAAGGAUCAGGGCAUAGCCUUGUUACCUAUAUUUAUUUUCGAUGGAGAGAGUGCAGGAACCAAAAACGUUGGCUUCAAUAGAAUGCGCUUCCUGUUGGACUCCCUCCAGGACAUAGAUGAUCAAAUCCAAACUUUAACCGAAGGACGUGGACGACUCCUUGUCUUCGAGGGAGAACCGAAGCAUAUUUUUCGGCGUCUUCACGAGCGAGUGCAUUUGCACAAAAUCUGCUUCGAGCAGGACUGUGAGCCGAUCUGGAACCACCGGGAUGAGACCAUCCGAUCCCUCUGCGAAGAAUUGGGGAUUCAGUGUGUGGAGAAGGUGUCCCACACCCUGUGGGACCCACGCAUUGUGAUUGAGACAAACGGAGGAAUUCCUCCUCUCACAUACCAAAUGUUUUUACACACUGUCCAGAUAAUCGGCUUGCCACCGCGGCCCACCAGCAACGCUCGUCUGGAUAAUGCCACUUUUGUCCAGCUGGAACCAGAGAUUCUGCGCAGUCUUGGUUUCUUGGAGCAGAUACCCACUCCGGAACACUUCAAUGUCUACGGGGACAACAUGGGAUUUCUGUCCAAGAUUAGGUGGCGUGGCGGUGAGAGGGAAGCUCUGCUGCUGCUGGAGGAGCGUCUGAAGGUGGAGCAGCAUGCCUUCGAAAAGGGCUUCUAUCUGCCCAACCAGGCUAUGCCGAAUAUCCAGGAAACUCCCAAGUCCAUGAGCCCUCACUUGCGGUUUGGGUGCCUUUCGGUGCGUCGCUUCUACUGGAGUGUCCACGAUCUCUUCCAGAAUGUGCAGCUAAGAGCCUGUGUGCGUGGCGUUCAGAUGACGGGCGGAGCCCACAUCACUGGCCAGUUGAUUUGGCGGGAGUACUUCUACACCAUGUCCGUGAACAAUCCCAACUACGACCGCAUGGAAGGCAACGAAAUCUGCCUCAGCAUUCCCUGGGCGAAACCAAACGAGACUCAGUUGCAAAAAUGGCGCCUGGGCCAGACCGGAUUUCCGCUGAUCGAUGCCGCCAUGCGACAGCUCCUGGCCGAGGGUUGGCUCCACCAUGUGCUCCGCAACACGGUGGCAACCUUCCUGACCCGAGGCGGCUUGUGGCAGAGCUGGGAACACGGCGUACAACACUUCCUUAGAUAUCUCUUGGACGCCGACUGGUCGGUUUGUGCCGGAAACUGGAUGUGGGUUUCCAGUUCGGCCUUCGAGCGGCUGCUGGACUCCUCGUUGGUGACCUGCCCAGUGGCCCUGGCCAAGCGACUUGACCCGGAAGGUGCCUACAUCCGGCAAUAUGUUCCAGAGUUAAAGAAUGUACCCAGGGAGCUUAUCCACGAACCCUGGCGCAUGUCUCUGCAGCAGCAGGAGCAGUACGAGUGCCUCAUAGGGGUCCAUUAUCCGGAUCGUCUUAUCGAUCUUACCAAGGCCGUUAAAGGCAACAUGCUGGCCAUGAAGAGCCUCCGGGACUCCUUGAUCACCCCACCGCCUCACUGCAGGCCCUCGAACGAGGAGGAAGUGCGAACCUUUUUCUGGCUGGCUGACUUGACCAUUUAAGGAGUAGCCUCCAAUCCAAACCUUUGAUAUCCAACAUAUUCCUAAUACUGUAUGCAGUAAUAUAGUCAGUUACCCCGUGUAUAUUAUAUAUCAUUAAUAAUGCUUUAUUUUCUUCAAUUAAAAUAAUUUCUACAAUACAA